CGGCGUGAUUUCCUCGCGCCGAGAGACCCAGCAGGAGCCUCGCAAAACCCAAUUCACGUUUUAUUUUAUUAUUUUGCCUCUCAAAUACAUGGAAAUUGGCUGUUAGUAGCUUUGCUACAGGAGAAAAUCGCUAAUCUGCGUUGCAAAAUCGGCACACAGGGGUUUUCUCCGCGAUUGUCUAGACGCCAUGCGGGCGGGUUGGAGGCGCCAGACACAUUGUAUCCGCUCUGGAGCAACAGUCGCCGCCGCUACUCAGUAUCUGCGCCCUCCCAGCGCCCAGUGUCCGCGCUGGGCCUGAGACUGACCUCGGGGGAUGGGGCCCACCCGGGCUUUGAUGGGGGGCCGGGGGGUCACUUCGUCCACCCAGGCAAGGCUCGAGUCCAGCGCCGGCCACAUCAACUCCCGGGAAAUCUAGCAGCGCGGGGGCCGACCAGGAGGCCCAGAAGCCCCGCGCGUCUUCCAUUAGCGCAGGGACCUCGGGGCCACCGCUCAGAGAAUCGGAAGGCCUCCUCCCCCUUCCCGAGCGCUGCCACUGGGGCCGAGGUUUCCAGCAAGAACCCGCGUGUCCCUGCGCACGCACACACGGUGCACACGUCAGUCCGGCGCCUCCCCGUGCCCGGGCUCACGCAGGUCCUCCCGCGCGCCCGCAACGCGCUCGCAGGCUCCCGUGUCUGCUGCCGGGGCUGCGGGGCCCGGAAGGGUAAGAACGCGACUCGCGAGCAGGAUGGGGACCCCGGCCCGGCCGGGACGCUGUCCCGGGCGGGGCCUGGGGGCGGAGCGCGCCGGGCCCGGCGCGCGGGAGGGGAGGCGGGUCCGCGCCGCCGCCGUCCGCGCUGCCCCGCCCUUGGCCCCGCCGCUGGCUCGGCUCCGCUCCCUGGCUCCGCUCCCUGCCUCCGCGCCGCAGCCCCCGCUGUAGCCGCCUCCGAGCCCGCCGCCACCGCCUCUGAGCAGAAGAUGGCUGUGCCACCCACGUAUGCCGAUCUUGGCAAAUCUGCCAGGGAUGUCUUCACCAAGGGCUAUGGAUUUGGCUUAAUAAAGCUUGAUUUGAAAACAAAAUCUGAGAAUGGAUUGGAAUUUACAAGCUCAGGCUCAGCCAACACUGAGACCACCAAAGUGACGGGCAGUCUGGAAACCAAGUACAGAUGGACUGAGUACGGCCUGACGUUUACAGAGAAAUGGAACACCGACAAUACACUAGGCACCGAGAUUACUGUGGAAGAUCAGCUUGCACGUGGCCUGAAGCUGACCUUCGAUUCAUCCUUCUCACCUAACACUGGGAAAAAAAAUGCUAAAAUCAAGACAGGGUACAAGCGGGAGCACAUUAACCUGGGCUGCGACAUGGAUUUUGACAUUGCUGGACCUUCCAUCCGGGGUGCUCUAGUGCUGGGUUACGAGGGCUGGCUGGCCGGUUACCAGAUGAAUUUUGAGACUGCAAAAUCCCGAGUGACCCAGAGCAACUUUGCAGUUGGCUACAAGACUGAUGAAUUCCAGCUUCACACUAAUGUGAAUGACGGGACAGAGUUUGGCGGCUCCAUUUACCAGAAAGUGAACAAGAAGUUGGAGACCGCUGUCAAUCUCGCCUGGACAGCAGGAAACAGUAACACGCGCUUCGGAAUAGCAGCCAAGUAUCAGAUUGACCCUGACGCCUGCUUCUCGGCUAAAGUGAACAACUCCAGCCUGAUAGGUUUAGGAUACACUCAGACUCUAAAGCCAGGUAUCAAACUGACACUGUCAGCUCUUCUGGAUGGCAAGAACGUCAAUGCUGGUGGCCACAAGCUUGGUCUAGGACUGGAAUUUCAAGCAUAAAUGAAUACUGUACAAUUGUUUAAUUUUAAACUAUUUUGCAGCAUAGCUACCUUCAGAAUUUAGUGUAUCUUAAUGUUGUAUAUCUGGGAUGCAAGUAUUGCUAAAUAUGUUAGCUCUCCAGGUUAAAGAUGAUUCAGCUUUAAGAUGUUACCCUUCCAGAGGUACAGAAGAAACGCAUUUCCAAAAAAGGUUCUUUCAGUGGUAGACUCGGGGGGAGCUUGGUGGCCCCUUUGAGAUGCCAGGUUUCUUUUUUAUCUAGAAAUGGCUGCAAGUGGAAGCUGAUAGUAUGUAGGCACUUUGUAAAUUCAUAUUGAGUAAAUGAAUGAAAUUGUGAUUUCCUGAGAAUCGAACCUUGGUUUCCUGACCCUAAUUGAUGAGAGGCUUGCUGCUUGAUGGUGUGUACAAACUCACCGGAAUGGGACUUUUUUGGACAGAUCUUCAUGACCUGUUCCCACCCCAGUUCAUCAUCACCUCUUUUACACCAAAAGGUCUGCAGGGUGUGGUCACUGUUUCUUUUGUGCCAUUUUGGGGUGGAGAAGGUGGAUGUGAUGAAGCCAAUAAUUCAGGACUUAUUCCUUCUUGUGUUGUGUUUUUUUUGCCCUUGCACCAGAGUAUGAAAUAGCUUCCAGGAGCUCCAGCUAUAAGCUUGGAAGUGUCUGUGUGAUCGUAAUCACAUGGUGACAACACUCAGAAUCUAAAUUGGACUUCUGUUGUAUUCUCACCACUCAAUUUGUUUUUUAGCAGUUUAAUGGGUACAUUUUAGAGUCUUCCAUUUUGUGUGGAAUUAGAUCUUCCCCUUCAAAUGCUGUAAUUAACAUCACUUAAAAAAACUUGAAUAAAAUAUUGAAACCUCA